AUGCACGCACGCUCGGCAGGAAGGUUGAACGUCCCUAUGAGUACCUCUUGGUUUGUCAGGGACCAGAAACCCCACCGCCUGAUCGUGAUAUCGAACACGAACGAGGCCAAAGAUGAUUGCGUUACUGUGUCCGAGAUGGAAAUGCUGCUUAGCUGGAUAUUGACUGGUAUGACGGCCCAGACGCAUGUAAUGUGUCAUGAAGGCGUAUCUGGCUCCGAUUUUCAUAUGGUUUUCCCGGUCCUUACCAUAUCCUUUUUCAUGCCAACACACGCUCGUGUUGUCCAGGCGUACUUUCAAAACGGCCAACUUAACAUCCAGUUCACCAAGUUUUAUAAUUUUGACGAGCCCGAGUCCAAGUACAUCGAGACAAUGAAUGAUUUCCUUAAAUGGGCUGAUUCCAUACCGUGCGGCAGUACCCUCGCAGUACAUGGCGAUGCAAAAUUGGCGGAGGAUUUCCAUGUCGUUUUCGAUGAAAAGCGCCAAAGAGCUAGCAAACCAACCCAAGCCUAGUCUCUUUGCUUGGUUAGAAAAUUCGUUCUAUGGUUCUCUUUAACGAGCAUGGCAAAUCAAGAUGGAUUGUUUAGCGAAAACUUGCAAUUGAAAUGAAUAGUGAGAUAGAUUACUUGAAUAUACACCGG